GCAGCUCUGUUAAGCGGUAGUAAUUGUAUCUUCCAUAGAGGAAUACGCUAUGUACGCCUGCGACAUGUGCUCAAGGUGUUUGAGAUUCUGAAACGGUCUCAGGAUGACGUCCGGGUUCUACAGCUAUGCCAAGCUGACCAAGAAUGCCACCGAGUACGCGCGGCGAAUGAACCGGCUGAGCUGCCGCAUCUUCGGCGAGGUGGCGCGGCCCACCACGCAAACGUCCAUGAGAGUGGUGAAGCUGCUGUCAGAAAGGCCCAAGUACAAGGACCCAGAGUAUGUUGACUACUAUCCACGCUUUAAAGAGACCUACUACUUGAUGAUUCGGCUCAGGGCACUGGGUCUGUACCGGGACGAGCACCAGGACUUCAACGAUGAGAUGAAGCGGUUGCGGAAGCUUAGAGGCAAGGGACCGCCGCCAAAGGGCCAGGGCAAGCGGGCCAAGAAGUAGGGAUGGGCCCGUUUCUCUCGUGGUUUGUCAAGUGCGUGGCUUGCGCAACUCAGUGAUGCUCCGUCGAAAAUGUUCUGUUUGAAUGCUGUUUAGUCCAGUAAGAACAGCGUUGUGUCGUAAGCAGUCUGCUGACAUAAACGAGGAAAGAGCG